AGAAAAUUUGAGAAAAAUUCUGCAUAAUUUUUUUUAGUAAGUACAGCAGAUCUACCGCGCGCUCUGAGUGUAGUGCUGAUUGUAACUAUGUCUACAGCAAAGGCGUCCCUCAUAGAUAUGGGGUUCCCUGAGAACAGAGCGGAGAAAGCUCUGGCUGUGACUGGAAAUCAAGGAGUACAGCUUGCUAUGGAUUGGUUGUUUGCCCACCAAGAUGAUGCUGAUAUUGAUGCUCCCCUCCCAGAGAGCUCCUCUGGCCAGACCCUCGGGGAGAGUGGAGCAGUUGAGGGAGGACAGGCCGAACAAGCCACUCAAACAGCUGCUCCGAAAUCAAUCAAGUGUGAAGAUUGUGGGAAGUUGUUCAAGAGUGAGCUAGAUGUUCAGGCCCAUGCUGCAAGAACCCAGCACAGCAACUUCUCUGAGAGCACAGAUGAGAUUAAGCCACUCACGGCAGAGGAAAAACUGAAACAGCUAGCCAGAUUAGAAGAGAAAAGAAAGCAAAAGAAACUAGAACGUGAGGAACAGGAGAAAAAGGAAGCAGUUAGCAAGGAAAAAAUCCGCAGAAAAACAGGCCAAGAGUUAUCUGACAUCAAGCAGAAGAUUGAACUGCAAGAGGCCAAAAAGUUUGCUGCGGAAAAAAAACGGGAAAAGAUGGAAGACAAACUUGCAAGGCAGAGAGUGCGAGAUCAGAUAGCACUUGACAGAGCAGAUAAAGAAGCAAGAGCUGCUGCAGAGAAAGCAGCCUCUUCCUCACCGACAAAGCUGCCAGCUCAGCAGUUAGCACAACCUCCCACAGUUAGUACACCUUCUGUCAAGAAGGAGUACACCACAUGUCGACUGCAGAUUCGUCUGACCGAUGGUGGGACUCUAGUGCACACGUUCAACGCCACUGACUCUCUGGUGGAUGUGAACCAGUACAUCCUCAUGAACCAGAGUGGAGAGAACUCUCCCUACUCUCUCAUGACCACCUUCCCACGCAGAGUGUUCACUCAUCAUGACCACAACAAAUCUCUCAAUGAACUUGGUUUGGUACCGUCAGCUGUUGUUGUUCAAACAAAAGGCACUUGAACACAUUUUCUAUGUAUGGCACCAGUUAUAUUUAUCUUUUGUUGAGAUCUCUAUAAUCAUUAUUGCAGAAAUGUUA